GAUCGCGACACAUUUCCAAGCUGUACCAUGCGUUUGGUUACGUUCCUCUUUUGAACAAUUUCAACUGUUCGUAAAUGUGUCGCUGAGAUUACGAAUCGGACUACAGCGAUUUUGAUGAUGAUGAUGAUACCGAGGAUGACUCCGAUAUAGAAAAUAGUUCUGAAGAAUCCGACGGAGCCAUCUCACCACCGCCGCCAACCCCAUUGACAUCCGACCCCUGCGCAUCUAUUUGCACUUUAGACACUACAUCAGGGAUUCACAACUCUAUACCAAUACACCAUUCAACCAAUUCGUAUCACGGUAGUUUAAAAUGUAUUUUAGAAGAGCACCAAAAGAUUUCGUAUUCCAACGACAUCUUUAUACCGAGACAGAUAGGUUGAAUUCUUUGUUCGAACCAUUCGGUACCGAUUUUGUCAUGCAUCCACAAUAUUUCCCGCCCAGCAUGCUCGAAUCGGAGAACAUCAGUUUUGAUCAAGGCCGUCCUGUCUAUGCACCUGGGGUGAACGAGCCUGAAAUCCCUGCAGUGUUGAAUGGAAUUGACUUUAAGGAAGAUAUUGAAGAAAAUUCAAACAUUGUAAAGAAAAAAGAAACAGGUGAGAUACAACAACAGACUAACGAUAUGAAGAUGUGUAUAUCCUUCGACAAAUGCGUAACGAAAAACCUAUGCAAGAUCUCGUAUAAAUACACGAUGCCCGUGGUUGAUAAUGGAAAAAAGGAUCUUCCUCUUCCCUUUAAUCCGGGAAGCUACCACUGCAUCAAGCAGCUUCAUAAUAUCGCUUUAAACGAGCUGGAUCAAAGACAUAGAGGUACUUUUCCAAUUAAAGACUCUAUAACGGACUUUGACAAAUUUACUCAUCUAAAGUAUGCGUCCUUGGAAAUGCUACACCUGCAUCCACUGUACAUUUUGCGUGAACGUCAACGUCGAAAAUACAUUUCCUUGCACAAUUUUGAUAGCUCCAUCUUAAGGUUCUACCCAAGACUGACAGCUCCGAAAUUGUGUUUUAAUAGUAUUUUUAUGCUAUCAAAAGUCGUCACAUGGUUUGUUUGCAAUUCUUAUACUAAAGUCAUAAAUUUGAUUGAUGGUACAACAGUUCCCAUAUAUGCAAAUCGCAAAGAUGCUAUGAAUUUGUACUACCCCAGGAAUGAUUCUCAAAAUAUGCCUUUAUACAACAUCCAUGGUCAGAUCAUAAAAACGAACGUCCGCUAUGUCGAGGUGGUAUGUAGUAAAAACUUCUUUAUCGAAUUGAAAAGAAGUAUAACGAUUCAAAAGAUACCUCGGCUAAAUUGACUCCAUGAAAUAUUUUUAAGUAAUCCAAAACAAUUUUUUAACUCGUUCUGUCACAUAUUUUAACGUGUUUCUUCAUGUUUAUUAUUUUUUUUUUAAUUUACUAAAUUUUUUAUAUUUAGCAAAUCUCAAUACUAAGCUUUAUAACUAGUUUGCAUUUACCUGAAAACCUUAGAUGACAUCAAAAAGAGCUUCACCACAUUUGCAAUUAAUAAUAUGUUUUUCAUGUUUAUUAUCGCUAUAUUUUCAUAUAAUUAUAUCGAAAUAGUUUUAUAUUUUGACUACAUUUUCAAUUAACUAAUAACGUAUAUCUUCCACGUUAAUAUUUUUAACAAAAUAAUCAAAAAAAAUCAGAUUUCUAAUUAGCUAUCAUCUGGACAUCUUAAAACAUCUGUACCAAGUUUUCAAUUUGAUAU